AUGACCUGUUGUUGGCGUUUCUGCCGAAGGGUACCUCUGUCCCCACGAGUCGUGGUGUCAAACAGCCUGGAGAAGUGUUCGAGGCUGCGGCGCGUGGCGAUCGCCUUCAAGCUCAACUGGAAGGAGUACAGCCGUAACUCGGUUCUGCGCUACCUGGUGGAGGAGCGGAGGCCACCAGCGGAAAAAGCAUUCUGGUCGCUCUGUCUCACGCUGACGCUUGCCCUGUGCAUGUACCAGAUGGGGAACCUCUACGACCAGUGGAAGAGCAAUUCGGUCAUCCUGCUGACCAGCACCUCACGCAUGCCCUUGCACGAGCUCCCCUUCCCUGCGGUAUCGAUAUGUCCGUCUGCCAAGACAAAUUAUACCCUUUUAAACUACACAGAGAUGGAGCAGCUAACAUCGAAGAAGGAUUCCAAGAGCCUCAGCAAAGACGAGAGGCUAAAGCUUUCAGUACUAUCUGUUCUAUGUGACAUCGAUAUUUUGCCUGAAAAAUUCAACAUGCCCACAAAUGAAGAAUUUUUUAAUUUUCUUAAAAGUGUUGUGCCACACAUGCAAGGCACGACGAAAUGGGUUUGGUUUGGUGGCGACGAUGAUAACUGCCCUCCUCCCGUUCCAGUCCUGAGCAACGUCGGGGUCUGCUACACCUAUAACUUGCUUCCCGCCGAGAGGCGGUAUAGGCUGAAAAUGUCAGUAGGUUAUACCAGCCUUUUGUUGGCAUAGGCGGCCGAGGUCUGUGGGGUUGCCUCCAUUUAAAGAUUCUGAGUAGUAA